CCACCGUGGGCGGGCGCAGACUGCCGGGACGACCGGGAGCGGGCGGCAUGGCGGCGGCGGGGACCGCGGCGGGUCCGGCGGGGCCUGAGCCCAUGCCUAGCUACGCGCAGCUGGUGCAGCGCGGCUGGGGCAGUGCGCUGGCGGCUGCGCGGGGCUGCGCGGACUGCGGCUGGGGGCUGGCGCGCCGCGGCCUGGCCGAGCACGCGCACCUGGCGCCUCCUGAGCUGCUGCUGCUGGCGCUCUGCGCACUCGGCUGGACCGCGCUGCGCUCGGCGGCCACUUCGCGCCUCUUUCGGCCCCUAGCCAAGCGGUGCCGCCUCCAGCCUAGAGAUGCCGCCAAGAUGCCUGAGAGCGCCUGGAAGUUUCUCUUCUACCUGGGCGCCUGGAGCUACAGCACCUACCUGCUCUUCGGCACUGACUACCCCUUCUUUCACGACCCACCCUCCGUCUUCUAUGACUGGAAGACGGGUAUGGCGGUACCACGGGACAUCGCGGUUGCCUACCUACUACAGGGAAGCUUCUACGGCCAUUCCAUCUACGCCACGCUGUACCUGGAUGCCUGGCGCAAGGACUCAGUGGUCAUGCUCAUCCACCAUGUGGUCACCUUGGUCCUCAUUAUCUCGUCCUAUGCCUUCCGGUACCACAAGGUGGGCAUCCUUGUGCUCUUCCUGCAUGACAUCAGUGACGUACAGCUGGAGUUCACCAAGCUCAAUGUCUACUUCAAGUCCCGCGGAGGAUCCCACCACCGGCUUCACGCCCUGGCUGCAGACCUGGGCUGCCUCAGCUUCAGCCUCAGCUGGUUCUGGUUCCGCCUCUACUGGUUCCCGCUCAAGGUCCUGUAUGCCACGAGCUACUGCAGCCUGCGGUCGGUGCCUGACAUCCCCUUCUACUUCUUCUUCAACGCACUCCUGCUGUUGCUCACACUCAUGAACCUCUAUUGGUUCCUGUACAUCGUGGCUUUUGCUGCCAAGGUGCUGACGGGCCAGGUGCGCGAGCUGAAGGACGUGCGGGAAUAUGACACAGCAGAGGCCCUGAGCCCGAAGCCCAGCAAAGCUGAGAAGCCGCUGAGGAAUGGACUGGUUAAGGACAAGCGCUUCUGAACCCCUCGACCCCGGCCCCGCCGCCCAGGACCCAGCCCCACCCAACCUCGCCCUCGGGGACCAGCCACGCGGCUGCCCCAUUCGCCCCCUGUACCCUG